AUGGCAGUCAACAUCCCCAUCUUGGCCCGCAAUCGAAUCGAUCAUAUCGCCUACCUUGACCCGGCGCCGCUGGCCACGGCAGCUGCUUCCACUCCCCCUGCCCCGCCGCCAACGUCCACGGCCGAGGCCUCGGCGGCCGCGGCCGGGACGCCAGCGAGAUGCGACGACACCUUGGCGGGGGCCGCGUCGAAGCGGGAGAAAGCGAACGGCGUCUCUAAGGCAGGCGACCUCGUACAGGGCAAAUACGCCGAGCUCGAGAAGUCGGGCGCCAAGCAGAAGACCGACUCCAAGGUGGUCCUCGUCACCGGGGUCACCAACAUCAACGCCGGGCUCCUCACGCUCACGUACGGCUUCUGCUUCGGCGUCGAGCUCACGAUGAACAACGUGGCCGCCGGAUUCUUCUACAACUACCAGGGCGUCACCCCGCAGCUCGCCGGCAUCGCCGCCUCCAUGUUCGGCCUCAUGAAUAUCUUCGCGCGGUCGCUCGGCGGCCUCCUUUCCGACUUCUGCAACGCCCGCUUCGGCAUGCGCGGCCGCCUCUGGUCGUGCUGGAUCAUCCAGACCAUCGAGGGCGUCAUGUGCUGCAUCCUCGGCUCCGUCACCGCCGACAUGUCCGCCCCGUACCCGUCGACCGGACCCAAGUACCCCGCCUUCGUGGAGAUUCCCAAGGACGAGUGGCGCGUCGCCCUCAACACCUCGUGGGGCUGGACCCCGCUCGUUGGCAACGGCUGCAACGUCCUCGACGACGACGGCAAGCCGUUCAAGGUGCUGGCGUGCGGCACCAAGUCGAUCAAGACGACCGACGCCAUGAAGGACUGCCUCGGCAUCCAGGACAAGCUCAUUCUGAUCCAGGACCCGCCGCUCGGCCACAUGAUGAUCGACGGAGAGUGGACCCAGAUCGGCCACCACGACGACUGCAUCUCGCACAGCGGAACCUUUGGCAUCGCCGUCAUCAUCGUCAUCAUCUUCUCCGUCUUCGUGCAGAUGGCGGAGGGCCUCGACUUCGGCAUCGUGCCCUACGUCUAA